GUCAAACAAUUUAGCUUCAGUUUAAUUUCGAAUUCAUUCAAAAAACAUCAAAAUAAAAAAAAAAAUUACAAAAAACCCAACGAAAAAGAAAAAAAUAUAAUUAAACACUCAAGAUGACCUCCAUAAUCACGGAUGCUCCUCAGGCUUCUGGGAUUGCUGAAGCCAUUCCAGUAUGGAAGAAGGUGGACUGGAGCCCAGAAAUAGAGCAGGGUAUAUACCGCGAUUGGGGGUCGUACUACUCCCGGAGGCGUCGCGAAAAUCUUGGCAUGCACUAUUUCGACAAGGCUAUGCAGCUGUCUCCCAACGAUCACGUGACUUUGUGGCUCCGGAGCCAGAGCCGACGACGAAACGCUCUUCCUGCCCUGGCCCUCAGCGAUAGUUUACAAGCCCAACGGAUUCUCAAAAGCAUGAAUCAGGAUAAUGCCCUUGUCAAUUUGGAAGUAUGCGAUGCACUUUACGAGUUAAAUGAGUUUGCAAAAUCCAAGGCAGAACUGCACAACAAUGCUCGACUCUUUACAGGGAACAAAUCGAAAAUAUUUGAACGACGUCUGGUUGUGGUCGACGAUACUAUUAACGAUGCUUGUGGCCCGGCAAUGACAGAGUUUUUGCGAGAAAAUGAAGCUAUUUGUCAAUUUGUAAGGGAGAAGGAGCAGAGAGAGUUGAAAACUAAAGUGGAUGUCCGACCACUUUGGAAAAUAUUAAAGGAUCAGGGAAAGUGCGACGUUCUAAGCAUUCCAGAAAUUGAUGAAGAAUUAUUAUCCCCCCUUGAAGUUGCUAGAAGGGCCCGAGCGUUCGAUGUAUUUAACCAGAUGUUCAUAGACAGGUCUUGGGUGGAUGUGGUAUUCCUAAAGCACAUACGAAAUGAUCCUGGUCUGCUCUUGGGUCAGUGCAAAAACUCAAGCGAGUUUCUUAAAACGACUACUAGCAAAAAGUAUGCCGAAGUCAAAACAUUUCUGAAAAUGCUGGAGGCACGAUCUCCCAUGUUCUAUGUCCGUCAUAAGAAGUUUACAAACCCCCAGUUAAUGGAAAAAUUUCGACAGCACUAUCUAUACCGAGUCCAGUACCAAACCCGCCGUAAUAUGAUUACGGUGUUAAGAAGUAUUAAAUUUCUUCGAAAAUCCAACAACGUAGCGAAACUGUCGGCCUAUGUUGAGGAAGUUAUGGGCAAUUAUGUGGUUUUGAAAACGAAUAGGACUAUGCCAUGGAAAUUUGAGUUCCUGAACGAGGUGUACAACACGUUGGCGUUGGCCCAUACGGAUCAAUUAUGGGUUCCGAAAAAUUUUCGGUUUCAACAAAAGAACGCCCUGCUCCGCUUGCUUCACUUUCCCGUGGACAAGUCUUUGGAUGUGCCAACUUUCGUAUUUGGGGAUCGUACCACUCAUCAAAGUUCAGAUUUAACUGAUCCGGCCUUGGUAAAGUCUCGGAAAGCAAUAAGCCGAUUCGAAAAGCGACUAGUUUUUGCGAAGUACUCAAUUGAAAAAGCUUACUUAAUGCAUCAAAUUGGAGUCGCACACCUUCAAUCGAAUCGUUUUGACGAGUGCUGCUUUGCGGCUCGUAAAGGAAUCCAAGAGGCAAAACUUUGCAACAACAAUGUAUGGCGUCUCCUUUGCGUCUUACUUAUAAUUAAAGCGAAUGCCGCCCUCCAUAAAAUUGAACGGACAAGGGAAGCUUUGGAGAAUGCAUUAAAGAUUGCUGAGCGGCUAGGAUCCAGUCAACUCAUGAAGUAUCUGUAUGGCUGUGUUAGCUGCAACGAGGAAGAGUUUGUAAUCAAGAAACAAAGCAUUAGUGCCGCCACCAGUCGUCGUGACAGUAAAGUAUCCAUGCACAGUUUAGGUUCGGAACUGGCUUCAACAAGAAAAAGUCUCGUUAAGUCAUAGGAUCUUUUCCAAGAUUUUCACCUUAACAAUAUUGUUUAUGAACUUAAAAUCUUAGUGAUAGCUUUGGUUGUAGCCAAUAAUUUGAAUAAAUUUUUAGUGCAAUCCAUAAAUAAUUCAAAUGCGA